GGGAAGGAGGAGGAGAACCUGCCGCUCCGGAGGGACGGGGCUGCAGGCAGCCAGCCCAGAGACGGGGCUGCGGGCACAUGCCGGGCUUGGAGCGUCGGAGGCGGGAGUUCCCUGCAGCUUUGUCGGACCCGCUGCCGAACAGUGCCCUACAGGAGCGUCCGCGGGGCUGCGGCGGGGAGAAGCGCUCACCUCCAGCUCCGCUCCCGGAGUGCGCUGAGCCGAGAGCGAGGGGACCGCGGGUCCACAUCAUGGGGGAUGUGAAACUGGUGACAUCUACUCGAGUAUCGAAAACCUCCCUGACACUCAGCCCCUCAGUUCCUGCUGAAGCACCAGCAUUUACUCUUCCUCCUCGGAACAUCCGAGUGCAACUGGGAGCCACAGCACGAUUUGAGGGGAAGGUCAGAGGCUACCCUGAGCCACAGAUCACAUGGUACAGAAAUGGACAUCCUCUCCCAGAAGGAGACCAUUAUGUUGUGGACCACAGCAUUCGGGGGAUAUUCAGUUUGGUAAUCAAAAGUGUGCAGGAAGGUGACAGUGGUAAAUACACCUGUGAGGCUGCAAAUGAUGGUGGAGUUCGUCAAGUGACUGUGGAAUUGACUGUGGAAGGAAACUCUUUGAAGAAAUACAGCCUACCAUGCAGUGCCAAAACCCCUGGGGGAAGACUUGGCGUUCCACCUAUGGAGCAUAGGCCAAGCAUCUGGGGAGAGAGUCCACCAAAGUUUGCUACAAAACCCAAUAGAGUUGUUGUGCGUGAAGGCCAAACAGGCAGAUUCUCAUGUAAAAUAACAGGACGACCUCAGCCUCAAGUAACUUGGUCUAAGGGUGAUAUUCAUCUGCAGCAAAAUGAGCGUUUCAACAUGUUUGAGAAAACAGGAAUCCAGUACUUGGAAAUCCACAAUGUUCAGCUUGCUGAUGCGGGAAUUUACACAUGCACGGUGGUAAACAGUGCUGGGAAGGCAUCUGUGUCUGCAGAGCUCACAGUUCAAGGUCCAGAUAAGACUGACACACAUGCUCAACCACUAUGCAUGUCACCGAAACCAACAGCACUUGCAACUAAAGCUAUUGAAAACUCAGAUUUCAAACAGGCAACUAGCAAUGGGAUUGCUAAAGAUCUAAAAUCCAGCAGCACUGAACUCAUGGUUGAAACCAAAGACAGGGUAUCAGCAAAGAAAGAAACCUUUUACAGCUCCAGAGAAGCCAAAGAUGGUAAGCAGGGACAGAACCAAGAAGUCAGUGCAGUACCUCUUCAAGAAUCCAGAGGAACCAAGGGGCCUCAGGUCUUACAGAAAACUUCAAGCACCAUCACACUACAAGCUGUCAAAGUGCAACCAGAACCAAAGGCAGAGCCCCAGACUACUUUCAUCAGACAGGCUGAAGACAGGAAAAGGACUGUGCAGCCCAUUAUGACAACUACAAAUCAAGAAAACCCAUCUCUGACAGGACAAGUAAGUCCAAGGAGUAGAGAAGCAGAAAACAGAGCUGGAGCCCGGAAGUCUGUAAAGGAAGAAAAGAGAGAGCCUUUGGGAAUUCCUCCCCAGUUUGAGAGUCGCCCACAGAGCCUGGAAGCAUCAGAAGGACAGGAGAUUAAAUUCAAGAGCAAAGUUUCAGGGAAACCAAAACCAGAUGUGGAGUGGUUCAAAGAGGGUGCACCUAUUAAAACUGGAGAAGGUGUUCAAAUUUAUGAAGAAGAUGGAACUCAUUGCUUAUGGCUAAAGAAAGCCUGCCUGGGGGACAGUGGAUCUUACAGCUGUGCAGCUUUCAACCCCAGAGGCCAAACUUCCACCAGCUGGUUGUUAACUGUCAAAAGGUCUAAAGUUGAAGAGGUUGCUCCAUGCUUUUCCAGUGUCUUGAAAGGAUGCACCGUAAGUGAAGGGCAAGACUUUGUGCUGCAGUGCUGUGUAGGAGGUGUACCUGUGCCUGAGAUUACAUGGCUUCUUAAUGAACAACCAAUUCAGUAUGCCCAUUCCACUUUUGAAGCUGGAGUUGCAAAAUUGACUGUCCAAGAUGCCUUGCCAGAAGAUGAUGGCAUUUAUACGUGUCUGGCUGAAAACAACACAGGACGGGCGUCAUGCAGUGCUCAGGUCACAGUCAAAGAAAAGAAGAGCAGCAAGAAGGCAGAAAGUGCACAGGCUGUCAAACUGAACAAGGCUUUUGCACCCAUCUUCCUUAAAGGGCUGACUGAUCUCAAAGUAAUGGAUGGAAGUCAGGUGAUAAUGACUGUGGAAGUAUCAGCUAAUCCAUGUCCUGAAAUUAUCUGGCUGCACAAUGGGAAAGAAAUCCAGGAGACGGAAGAUUUUCACUUUGAGAAGAAAGGCAACGAAUACAGUCUGUACAUCCAGGAAGUGUUUCCUGAAGACACAGGAAAAUACACCUGUGAAGCUUGGAAUGAAUUAGGCGAAACUCAAACACAGGCUACAUUGACGGUGCAAGAACCUCAGGAUGGCAUUCAGCCCUGGUUUAUUAGCAAACCAAGAUCAGUUACAGCAACUGCUGGGCAAAAUGUCCUUAUAUCUUGUGCCAUUGCUGGAGAUCCUUUCCCCACCGUUCACUGGUUUAAAGAUGGGCAAGCAAUAACACCAGGAACAGGCUGUGAAAUCCUGCAAAAUGAAGAUAUCUUCACACUGGUCUUGAGGAAUGUACAGUCUCGUCAUGCAGGGCAAUAUGAAAUUCAGCUCAGGAACCAAGUUGGAGAAUGCAGCUGCCAGGUGUCUCUGAUGCUGCGAGAGAGUUCAGCUUCCAGAGCAGAAAUGCUCAGAGAUGGGAGGGAAUCAGCCAGCUCUGGAGAGCGAAGAGAUGGUGGAAAUCAUGGUGCACUAACAUUUGGUAGAACAAGUGGCUUCAAAAAGAACAGCAGUGAAACCAGAGCAGCUGAGGAAGAGCAGGAAGACGUCCGAGGCGUACUGAAGAGGCGAGUGGAAACUCGGGAACACACAGAGGAGAGCCUGAGGCAGCAGGAAGCUGAACAGCUCGAUUUCCGUGAUAUUUUAGGCAAGAAAGUCAGCACCAAAAGUUUUUCUGAGGAGGAUCUGAAAGAAAUCCCAGCCGAGCAAAUGGACUUCCGAGCAAACCUGCAGCGGCAGGUCAAACCCAAGACCUUGUCAGAGGAGGAAAGGAAAGUUCAUGCUCCUCAGCAGGUGGACUUCCGCUCCGUGCUGGCCAAGAAAGGCACCCCAAAAACCCCACUGCCAGAGAAGGUGCCACCUCCUAAACCAGCUGUUACAGAUUUCAGAUCUGUGCUGGGUGCAAAGAAGAAGCCCCCUGCAGAGAAUGGCAGCGCUAGCACCCCAGCACCAAAUGCCCGUGCCGGUUCUGAAGCACAGAAUGCCACCCCCAAUUCUGAAGCCCCUGCUCCCAAACCAGUAGUGAAAAAAGAAGAAAAGAAUGACAAGAAAUGUGAACGUGGGUGUGCAGUGGUGGAUGGAGGAAUAAUUGAGAAAAAACCUGAAAACAAACCAGCAGCAAGCAAACCAACACCACCACCAAGCAAAGGAACAGCACCAUCCUUUACAGAGAAGCUUCAGGAUGCUAAAGUAGCAGAUGGUGAAAAAUUGAUCUUACAAUGUCGAAUUUCCUCUGAUCCCCCUGCAUCUGUCACCUGGACUCUAGACAGCAAAGCCAUCAAAUCAUCCAAGUCCAUUGUCAUCUCCCAAGAAGGAACACUGUGUUCAUUAACCAUUGAGAAGGCCAUGCCUGAAGAUGGGGGAGAAUACAAAUGCAUAGCAGAGAAUACAGCGGGAAAAGCAGAAUGUGCUUGCAAAGUGCUUGUGGAAGAUACCUCAUCCACAAAGGCUGCAAAGCCUGCUGAGAAAAAGACCAAGAAGCCUAAGACCACACUUCCCCCUGUGCUGUCAACAGAAAGCAGUGAAGCAACAGUGAAGAAGAAACCAGCUCCAAAGACCCCUCCAAAAGCAGCUGCUCCCCCUCAGAUUACUCAGUUCCCAGAAGACAGAAAAGUCCGUGCUGGUGAAUCAGUGGAACUGUUUGCCAAAGUAGCAGGAACAGCACCCAUAACUUGCACCUGGAUGAAAUUCCGUAAGCAGAUUCAAGAAAAUGAAUAUAUCAAAAUUGAGAAUGCUGAAAACAGCAGCAAGCUAACAAUAUCGUCGACAAAGCAGGAACACUGUGGAUGUUACACGCUAGUUGCAGAAAACAAACUUGGCAGCAGACAAGCACAAGUCAACCUUACAGUUGUUGAUAAACCAGACCCACCGGCUGGAACACCCUGUGCAUCAGACAUACGGAGUUCCUCCCUCACUCUUUCAUGGUACGGCUCCUCUUAUGAUGGUGGAAGCGCAGUGCAGUCCUACACUGUGGAGAUCUGGAAUUCAGUGGAUAACAAAUGGACAGACCUCACUACCUGCCGCAGCACAUCUUUCAAUGUGCAGGACCUGCAGGCUGACCGGGAGUACAAAUUCCGUGUGAGAGCUGCUAACGUGUACGGCAUCAGCGAGCCCAGUCAAGAAUCUGAGCUGGUGAAAGUUGGAGAGAAACAAGAAGAAGAACUUAAAGAGGAGGAAGCAGAGCUGUCUGAUGAUGAAGGGAAAGAAACAGAGGUCAACUAUCGGACAGUUACUAUCAACACUGAGCAGAAGGUUUCAGAUGUCUAUAAUAUUGAAGAAAGACUGGGAUCGGGGAAAUUUGGACAAGUCUUUAGGCUUGUUGAAAAGAAGACUGGAAAAGUGUGGGCAGGAAAAUUUUUCAAAGCAUAUUCUGCAAAGGAAAAAGAAAACAUAAGGGAUGAAAUCAGCAUCAUGAACUGUCUGCAUCACCCAAAGCUCGUGCAAUGUGUAGAUGCCUUUGAAGAAAAAGCCAACAUUGUUAUGGUCUUGGAAAUGGUUUCUGGAGGAGAACUCUUUGAACGAAUCAUCGAUGAAGACUUUGAACUGACAGAGAGAGAAUGCAUUAAAUAUAUGAGGCAGAUUUCAGAAGGAGUUGAGUACAUCCAUAAGCAGGGUAUUGUCCAUUUGGAUUUGAAGCCAGAAAAUAUUAUGUGUGUCAACAAGACUGGUACAAGUAUCAAACUCAUUGACUUCGGCCUUGCAAGAAGAUUAGAAAGUGCAGGUUCUCUCAAAGUUCUCUUUGGGACACCUGAGUUUGUGGCUCCAGAAGUUAUAAACUAUGAACCUAUUGGAUAUGAAACAGAUAUGUGGAGUAUAGGAGUUAUCUGCUACAUCCUGGUCAGCGGGCUUUCUCCCUUCAUGGGAGACAACGACAACGAGACCCUGGCCAAUGUCACCUCGGCCACGUGGGACUUCGAUGACGAGGCUUUUGAUGAAAUCUCUGAUGAUGCCAAGGACUUUAUCAGCAAUCUACUGAAGAAAGACAUGAAGAGUCGCUUAAAUUGUACUCAAUGUCUUCAGCACCCAUGGCUGCAGAAAGACACCAAAAACAUGGAAGCCAAAAAACUUUCCAAAGAUAGGAUGAAGAAAUAUAUGGCCAGAAGAAAAUGGCAGAAAACAGGCCAUGCUGUCCGAGCAAUAGGAAGACUGUCAUCCAUGGCAAUGAUUUCUGGUAUGAGUGGGAGGAAGGCCUCUGGGAGCUCGCCUACCAGCCCGAUUAAUGCAGACAAAGUAGAGAACGAAGAUGCUUUCCUUGAAGAAGUGGCUGAGGAAAAGCCCCAUGUAAAGCCAUAUUUUACUAAAACAAUCCUUGACAUGGAGGUUGUGGAAGGCAGCGCUGCUAGGUUUGACUGCAAAAUCGAAGGCUAUCCUGACCCUGAGGUAAUGUGGUUCAAAGAUGAUCAGCCUGUCAAGGAGUCCCGUCACUUCCAGAUAGAUUAUGAUGAGGAAGGGAACUGUUCUUUGACAAUUUCUGAAGUAUGUGGGGACGAUGAUGCCAAAUACACCUGCAAAGCUGUUAACAGCCUUGGGGAAGCCACGUGCACCGCAGAACUCCUUGUGGAAACAAUGGGAAAAGAGGGAGAAGGAGAAGGAGAGGGAGAAGAAGAUGAAGAGGAGGAGGAAGAAUGAAACAAGGCUCAAAGAAAACCAAGAAAAAAAAGAAGAAAAUAUAUUUAAAGACUCUCCUUAUAAGGCUCAGAAAACCAAGUUAUCAAAAGCACCUUGUGUGAUACAUAGGUCUUUGAGGGGUUGUUUUUUCAGCAUGAUCAGUUGAUACCUGUUUGCUUUAUCUACGGGCAUUAAUUGAAAUCAGCAGGCAAUUUAAGUUACUAGCAUUUAAGCAAGUCAUCAAGUAAGUUGUCCAGUCUAUCUUUAAAAUUAGAACGUAUGGAAAACAAGUCUACAAUCAUAUUCUGAGCUUCUUAAAGAACAGGUCUGUUUACUGAGCUCAUUGCUCUCCACCAUCACUUUCUCAGCCAAAACUGCAGCUAAGUGGGCUCCCUAAGGUUUACUUUACAAGGAAUCAUUUGCCAGACGUGCAGUGAAUCGCUCCAGUCCAAAGAAACUGCUCCCAGAGCACUGUCUGCUAUAAGGGAAGGGCUGAUGCAGCCACUGUUGCAAUUUCUACGUUGCCAUGGUUCAUUUCUCACCCGGUUUAAACAUCGUUUCAUUGUCUUAACUUCAAACAUAUUUACUGCCCUGCUGCUGGUGCAGCACUGAUGCUGGCUAAGCUGAAAUAGCAGUGGGCUUUGCUGAGGUACCCCUCUGGUGCUUGAGCAGCUGAUGGUACCCUGUCAGCUUUCCCUUAUAGAACCUGGCACGUCAGUGCGGUUACAGAUGCCUGCUUAAGAAACAGACUGAAAGCACAAAGACAGAAUAUCAUCUGUUUUGUUUUGGUGUGUUUCUUUCUUUUUUCUUUUAUCUUUUCCUGGUCAGUUUAAUGAUGACCUAUGGUUUAUAUAUAUGCUGCUCUGAGAAACAGGUUAUUGCACCGUCAGUGAAUGGCUCUGACAUCCAUGCGUGUGAAUGGAAUCCCAGGUUAGUUAAAAUCUGACUCACAUUUAUUUGGCAAUUGCAAAACAGAUUUCAACUGAUGACAAGCUGGAAACUCCCACCGAUUUUUUGGAGUAGCCAAAAAGACAACAGUCUGGAUUUCCAACUCCUUCAUACUUAGCCGUUCCCAAAGAAUCUUAACGUAGAUAGGACCUAUUUGUACCCUACGAGCUUGACUGCUGUGUUUCGUCUAUAAGCCGCACCAUUAGGGCUGCUGCCUUCUUAAAAAGAAGAGCAGGAAUAAAAAGAAAGAAACAACCCCCCUCCCCUCAAGCCCGGGCUCUCUUUCCAAGGUGGUUAACGCACUCAUGACUUAAUAACUUUGCUUUCCUUUCACAGUAUUGGCACUUUUUAUUCUUGUUGUUGCUGUUCAGAGGUAAUAUCAGAGGCUGUAAGGUGAUAUGCAUCAUCCAAAAGCAGCGUGUCUUUCUUACAUUGAUGUAUCAUUCCAAAAAGUGAUUCUUUUUCUUUUCCACUUGCUGUGUAAAGUGCAACGAUUUCAAAGGGUACCUUUUAGAAGGAUACCUAAUGUCCUCACAGUUAAGUAGGCAGUGUACUUUAUUACAGGUGUGUACAAUAUCAGCCUUAGGUUGUUUGAUAUUACCCAGUUGUGUAUGUGUUUCAUAUGAUUUGCUCUUCUGCAUUCAAAGCUCAACUACUGUGGAUGACACAAUGGUUUUUAACUGCUUUACUCUUUGUUGCUAAGUUCAGAUUGCCAGCAUGUCUUUUCCUUUUCAAUCGAUAAAGAACUCUUGUUAUACUAAACACAGUAUUGCCACGAUUCCUUAUACAGAAAGGUUUUUAAUCUGAUUUAGAACAUACAGAGCUUUUCUCACGUUUUUAAAUGUUUUAGGCAACAAUGGGGUGUAUUUUGUACCUUAAUAAAAAUACGCUGAUGUUUUCCCUGUUUGUUAAACCAUCAGAGUUGCAAAGAUGAGAACGCUACGGCUGUAGUUACUCACAGUUCCUAAAUAAAUAAUACCACAAAGCA